AUUGAUUUGUUUUUCUCUUCACCGACGUCGGAGGCGGAUCUGACCCCUGUCAUUGCGUAGUUCACUUUGGGAGGAUCUGCUGCUCUGCCUGAGCUCCCAUUGGUUGUCAGCUCGGACCGUGUAGUCGGGGUCUCUAAUCAUGUUCUGCAUGUUUUGAACAAGAAAUGUCAGCCAGAAAGGGUUAUCUUCUCCCUUCGCCAAAAUAUACCACAACAAUGUCAUGCUCAGACGGCCCGACUGGAAACUCGUUUUUAGUAGACUCUUUGAUCAGUGGCGGCCGAGCAGAAGGAGGAGGUGGGGGUUACUCUCAGAGCAGUGGCGGCUACUUGCCACCAGUUUCAGAGCUGUCCUACGGAUUGCCGAAUUGUGGAUUUUUUUCUGGACUGGGUAAACGGAACGAGGGUAACUCUCACGCUAUGGUCCCCACGUCCAGCCCCUACAUGUCUGGGAUGGAGGUAUGGCUAGAUCCGCCACGAUCCUGCCGCAUGGAGCAACCUAUUGGCCAGCAGCAGGUAGCGCCUUGCUCCUUUUCUCCGAACAUUAAAGAGGAGAGUGCUUAUUGCCUGUAUGAGUCAGAGAAGUGCCCGAAAGGUUCAACGGCAGAUGAUCUAUCCUAUUCAAGGCUAAUACCUGGGUCCUGUUCUGCCAGUGAUAGCAGCACCGUGCCCGUACCAGGCUACUUCCGCCUGUCUCAGACUUAUGCAAAUCCCAAGGUUUAUCACGGGGUUCAAGCCGGUACUUCUCAGUUUGUUCUACAGCCUCAGAUUCGUUUUGAUGCACCCCUCUCUUCUUCUGCUUCGGUAGAGGCUGGCAGGAAAGCGGGCGACGAAGCUUCCUCGAGUAAUUUAACUUGUGUCUCUCAAAGAGAAGAAGAGACCCAGGCUUCUUCAGCCGCAGAGGAAUCUUCCCCAGAACCUACUGAAAAUAGUAAAACAAGUCAUAACAAACCAACCAAAGGAGAUACAAAAAGUGAAAGCACUGCCAACUGGUUGACAGCGAAGAGUGGAAGAAAGAAAAGGUGUCCCUACACCAAACACCAGACUCUGGAGCUAGAAAAGGAGUUCCUUUUCAAUAUGUACCUGACUCGAGAGCGGCGCCUAGAGAUCAGCCGCUGUGUCCACCUGACAGACAGACAAGUCAAAAUCUGGUUUCAGAACCGUAGAAUGAAACUGAAGAAAAUGAGCCGGGAGAACAGGAUUCGAGAGCUCACCGCGAAUUUGAGCUUUUCGUGAUAAACCCCAGAGCUUCCUCUACCCUUCAAAUUCUUGACAGAUUGCAAAAGGUUUAAAGAACUGGAAGAAUAUCAUUUCUCACAAUUACGUUUGUGGUUUACAUGUGUCUAUUUUAUAUUAUUAUUAUUAUUAUUAUUAUUAUUAUUAUUAUUAUUAUUAUUAUUAUUAUUAUUAUUAUUAUUAUUAUUAUUAUUAAUAAAGUAUUGAGUUGGAAAAAGAAAAUUGUCUCUUGGGCCAGCUAAGCAAUAUUACAGAAUUUCCAAAGCAAUUCAUUGGGUUGAUAUCAAUUAAAUGUUUACUCUAUUUACUAGAUUAGGUUACAGUUUCGACUGAAAUGAAAUGAGAUGCAUGAAUAUAAGGGAGAGAGAUAUCUUUAUUUUUCAAUGUAAAGAUAAAGUGAGUGUGUAUGAUAACACUGAGUAUAUAUCAGGAAGCUAAUACGUACUCUGCGCAAAAGGAUGAGGAUUUAAUUCACAUCUGUAGUAGACGAUUUCCACUUACCUCUAUUGUUAGCACAAUGCUAUGUAGAUAUUUACUUACAUCCCAGUUGUUGCGUGUAUAUAAACACUGUUUAUAAGACUAUGACAUUGUCAUUGAAAGGCAGAGACUGUAAAAUGUUCAAUUCUCCAUUUUCAGUUCGCUAUGUGCAUGGUUCAGAAAUUAAAUAUAGACGAAGGAAAAAAAAAUAUUGUUAUUAAUUCUAUACUGUGAAAAGUAAGCAUCGCUUCUUGUGGUGUAAUUAAAAUAAAAUGACGAUGGUGGUGUUAUAAUAAAAGCAGAUAUGUCUGACAUUAUUAACACAUUAUCAGUACUGAUCUGCUACAGCCGUUAUUGUUAUUGCGCUGUACUGUUAGUUGUUAAUCUAUCUAUCUAUCUAUCUAUCUAUCUAUCUAUCUAUCUAUCUAUCUAUCUACACACACGCACACUUGUGUGUGUGUUUGUGUGUGUG